AUGUCCUUAUCCAAACCCUGGAGUCAUUUCGGUCCUCACCAUCCUUUCCCGGACAAACAGCGGUUUCACACCUAUUACCGGGACGCGCCAUCUUUUCUGCCUCCUCUAGGAUUCUCAAUAUCAGACGCCUUGGCCCCGUGUGCUUCUUCCAACAUGAGUUCCUCCACCAACAUGAAUGCUCUCUCUCAAGCCGAGAUGGAACGUUUCCAGAAACUCUCGAAUGAGUUUGAACCAGAUGUCCAAGGACCCUUGGUCUCGACCAAGCAAUCUAGUCAUACCAUUGCAUUGGACUAUGCCAAUGCGGACCCGACCCUCGCAGCAAAGACGAAUGAUCUCGCAGUGACACAUCCCACCACCCGCAUCAUGAAGGGCGACGGAAACUGUGGUUGGCGAGCGGUGGCAUUUGGCUAUUUCGAAACCAUGUUUAACAACCGUGACCCAAUCCGCCUGCAAGAGGAACUAAUUCGAUUCAAAACACUCAACUCCUACCUGGACCAGGUUGGCCACCAAGAACAUUUGUACGAGAUCUUCGCCGAUGCCACAGAGGAAAUUUUCGCGCAAACCGCUCAGGCGAUCCAAAAUGGCGAUCGGGACGAGUCUUUCCUCGUCAAUGCCUUUAAUGAGGAGUACAGCUCAAACGCGGUCAUUACCCACUUCCGACUCUUGACCAGUGCCUGGAUGAAACUAAACCCGGACCGAUACCAAGCGUAUCUGACCAUGCCGCUAGACCAGUAUUGCGGUACACGAAUUGAACCAGUGCGAAGCGAGAUCGACGAAGUUGGUCUGCAAGCUCUGGUCGACGGCGUUAUCAAUCCAUCCCAGUUCGGUGUCGAGAUCCUGUAUCUCGACAGAAGCGAAGGCGAACAUGUGACGCCGCACCAAAUCUCUGACAAGUGUCCCAUUCAUGCAACCAUCCGCCUGCUGUAUCGACCUGGCCAUUAUGACAUCCUCUACCGAGCCGAACCUACUGUGAAUAUGACACCCAUGGUCAACCUCCAAUACGAUAUGACUUCUAACCUCGAAGCCUGGGAUCAAGGAGCUCUCAACUUCGACGUCAGCUCCCACCUGAUGUCCAUCCCAAACCUGAUGGCAGAUCCGGGUUUCGGCAUGGGUACACCAAUGUCACCCAUGGCGCCGUCGGUCUCUCCAACCCCAGCCAGCCCCUUCCGAAUGUCUCCACCCCAGGAUAUAUAUCAGUCGCCCAUGCAAAGCCAUGUGCCCAGCCAUCCACACAGCCAUGCGUCCAUGCCUUCUAUACCUGUUGCUUCGCCCCCACCUGUUAUGCCCUCUGCUGCCCCUCCGCCUAUGACAACUCUACCCAGCCGCUCAUCGGACGGUCCGCAAAUUCGUUUGAACCCGCUCGUCAUGAAGCCCAAUUUGAGCCGUUCGCUUCCGGUUACAACCCCAUUUAAGAAUUCACCGUACAACCAAGCACAUUUCCAAAAUCAAGACUUCGAGCCUAUUCAUUGGGAACCGAGCGAUUCUCGCAGAUCCUAA